CGGAACAGUCGCAUGGUGCUGACAUCAGAGUUGCUGCAAGUGGGCUAGCAGGGCCGCAGACAUGGGGAUCCUGGAAAAGAUUUCGGAGAUCGAAAGGGAGAUCGCCAGGACCCAGAAGAAUAAGGCCACUGAAUACCAUCUGGGCCUGCUAAAGGCCAAACUUGCAAAGUACCGAGCUCAGCUCCUGGAACCAUCCAAAUCUGCAGCCAACAAAGGAGAGGGCUUUGAUGUUAUGAAAUCUGGAGAUGCCCGGGUGGCUCUGAUUGGCUUUCCAUCUGUGGGCAAGUCUACCUUCUUGAGCUUGAUGACAUCCACAGCUAGUGAAGCUGCAUCCUACGAGUUUACUACACUCACUUGCAUCCCAGGAGUGAUCGAGUACAAGGGGGCCAAUAUUCAACUUCUUGAUCUCCCAGGAAUUAUUGAAGGAGCAGCUCAGGGGAAAGGAAGAGGUCGGCAGGUCAUUGCAGUGGCACGGACAUCAGACGUGGUUAUAAUGAUGUUGGAUGCCACAAAAGGAGAGGUUCAAAGAUCAUUACUGGAGAAAGAGUUGGAAUCAGUGGGCAUUCGUCUAAACAAAGACAAACCUAACAUAUACUUCAAGCCGAAGAAAGGAGGCGGAAUCUCAUUUAACUCCACAGUACCCCUAACCCAGUGUUCGGAGAAGCUGGUGCAGCUUAUUCUGCAUGAAUACAAAAUGUUUAAUGCAGAGGUGCUGUUCCGAGAGGAUUGCAGCCCUGAUGAUUUCAUAGAUGUUAUCGUUGGAAACAGAGUUUACAUGCCAUGUCUCUAUGUAUAUAACAAAAUUGAUCAGAUUUCCAUGGAGGAGGUAGACCGACUAGCCAGACAGCCUAAUAGUGUGGUAAUCAGCUGUGGGAUGAAGCUAAAUUUGGAUUAUUUACUGGAGAUGCUCUGGGAAUACCUUGCACUUACCUGUAUUUACACAAAGAAAAGAGGAGAGAGACCAGAUUUUGCUGAUGCAAUCAUCCUACGGAAAGGAGCUUCAGUGGAGCAUGUGUGUCAUCGAAUACACAGAACACUUGCCAGCCAGUUUAAAUAUGCCCUGGUUUGGGGCACCAGCACCAAAUACAGUCCCCAGAGAGUAGGCCUGACCCACAAUAUGGAACAUGAAGAUGUUAUCCAGGUCGUCAAGAAAUAAAUUGCUUUAAGCAUAUCACAUGCUUUCAUCUUCAGAGAAGAAGCCAUUUCCCCCAGUUUCUUGCCAUCUCUUUGCAGAAAGGGUUAAGGUCAAUGGUAGCUCUUGAAGACUGUGGGAAGAAUUUAGUAGUGUGAAAAAAAUCGUGAAAAUAGCCACCAAUUAUUAAAAAGUGACUGGGGGGAAUAUUCUUUUCCAUGGACUUCCAUAGGAUUUACUGAACAGCACUAAAUAAAUGGAUUCAGACUUGGAGCCUUCCUAACAAUGA